AGAGACAUAGAGUGAGUGACGUAAAAAAAAAACAGGAAAAAGAGAGGGAAAGGGUUUACUGUCCGCUCAGAGUCGGUUGUUUCUACUGUUUCGUGUAUAUCUCUUUUACCUUGCUCUGCUUAGGUUUCAUUCGUUUCAUUCAAAGUGUAUUUCUAAAGUGUAAAGUUCAAACAUAUUUCAGUUACGUAGCUUAUAGAUUUCUUGAGCUAACAAUCGAUAAGUGACUUUGACGUUUAAAAGAAACUGAGAGACCAACAUGAGCAAGUCGUGGAAGGGUGCUAAGGACUACGUGGGUGUCGAAGAUGUAACGAAAGUAGGUUUUCUCAUUCCACUAUUCGCGGAGACUCUUGGGACCAGUCUCCUCGUUAUAAUCGGUUGCAGCUCCUGUAUCAACUGGGGGACAGAACCGACAAUAUUACAUAUUGCCUUAACCUUCGGCCUCGCAGUCACCAGUCUUGCACACGUCUUGGGUCCCAUUUCUGGAUGCCACGUCAAUCCUGCCGUUACCGUUGGUCUCCUCGUUAGUGGCAAUUGCACGAUUCUCAAAGCAAUAUGUUAUGUCGUCUGCCAAUGUUGCGGCGCUAUUGCCGGUUCUGCAAUUUUAAAAGCAGCUUUACCAGCCAAGGGUGUUCAGCAAGGUCUAGGCAUGACUCUUUUGGGCAACGAGGUCAGCAACGGCCAGGGCGUUCUCAUAGAGGCGAUCAUGACGUUCCUGCUGGUUCUUGUAGUGCACGGCGUAACAGACCCGAAGCGAGAGGACUGCAGGGGCUGGGCCCCAAUGGCCAUUGGCCUCAGUAUCAGUGUCGCGCAUUUGGCGGCGGUGCCACUCACUGGGAGCAGCAUGAACCCGGCGAGGUCGCUCGGCCCAGCCGUCAUUGUCGGCCUCUGGACCGACCAAUGGAUCUACUGGGUUGGUCCGCUCUUCGGGGCCUUGCUCGCAGGGGCCCUCUACAGGCUCAGUCUCCGGGCCAAGAGCAAAAACGAGGAGGAGGCCUCCUAUAACUUUUAAUAGUUGACUUCUGCUCGACAGGAACGCCGGCCUUUCGUUUCCUUUAUAUAAGAUUGAUCGAUGAGUCGAAUGGAUUUACUUUCCAAUUCGAAUAGUAAAUUAUUGUUGCGCGAAAGAAAUCUUACAAAUUUAUGAUUCUGCGGUUCGUCUUUCGUGAAAACACACACAUCAUAAUACAAAACAAA